UACUACGCCGUCGUCCUGCACAUUGGGACGCCGCCGCGGCCCUUCUCGCUGAUAGUCGACACCGGCUCCUCCGUCACAGCGAUCGUGUGCGCCGGGUGCGACCGUUGCGGCAGGCAUGCCAACGCACGGUUCGACCCCGAGUCGUCGCACACGUUCGCGCGCGUGCCGUGCUCGGAGGCGCCACAGUGCACCUCGUGCCAGAAGCACACCUGCUCCUACUCCGUGUCGUACCAAGAAGGCUCCUCCUACUCCGGCUUCCUCGGGCGGGACCUCCUC